UAUCCCUUCGUCACGAUAUAAGUAUGUUGCGCUUGCAUUUGUAUGUACAUUGAUUUAUGUCCGCUAAACGUGAACGAAUUUUAUACAGGCAUAUCCAAAGUCAACGCUCAGAUAUCACGUCAUCAAGUAGCCUACCGAAGUUACCGACGCCAUUUUGGCUCAAACAAACUCUGCUUUGCACUUACUAGUAUAACAUAUUCGUCAUAAGGAGUCUCAUUUUAUACUCAGUGCAUUAAAGAAACCGACCGUUAAGUGCUUGAGUACGUUGGCUAAAAUAACAGCUGUAUCUUUUUCUGAAGCGUGAAGUAUUUUUAAUAAUACACCUGCUAAGUCCUCUGCUAGCAGUCCGCUACGUGUCAUCGUUGUUGUGCCCAGAUGAUAAGUUACACAUUUGGCGAAUGCAAAUAAAAAAUGGGUGGAUGCUCCGCUCCAAACUGCUCGAACUCUACAACUAUUGGAAAGCAGCUCUUUCGCUUUCCGAAAGAUCCCGUGCGCAUGAGAAAGUGGCUUGUGAACUGUCGGCGUGAUUUUGUACCGACUCCCUGCUCCAGACUGUGCCAGGACCAUUUUGAAGAAAGCCAGUUUGAGGAGAUCGCGAGAUCACCAGCAGGGGGAAGAAAACUCAAACCCAACGCAAUCCCCACACUCUUCAAUGUACCCGACCCUCCCUCUCCUGUCACCCCUCAAGUAGUGUUACCUGUUAAAAAUGAGCCAGUGGAAAAAGACUUGAAUAUGGGAGAUCAUGGUUAUGCGCGUCGACAGCCCCCUGUGGAUUCAGAAGAGGAUGGGGUUCAGAGAGUAGACGAGGAGCGACCCUGUUCUCUCUGCCAGCAUUAUAAAACCAAACUGGAGCAGCAACAGCAACACACAGUCAGAUUACAGAGAGAGGCAGAGGAGAUGAAGAAACGCCUUUACAAACUGAGUAAAAUAGAAAAGGGGCUGCAGGUGUUCCUGUUUGAGGAUCAGAUACGUGCGUUGACGUUAGCCAAGCGUUCCCGGAGGGCAGUGUGGUCCCAUGAUACUUUACUGACAGCCCGUAAAAUCCGCUGCGCUGUGGGGGUUAAAGGAUACGAGUACCUAAGGGAACUGGGCUACCCUUUGCCUUCUUACAGGACGCUGUGCAAUCGGCUGGAGCCCAAAAUGAUGGUGACCACGAGCAUGCAGGACGAGCUGGCAGAGCUCGGCCUGGGCAUCAUAACAGCUUGUGACAGUCCAGAGGGCAACGUGACGAGUGAUGAAGCCCUGAUUGGAGUCAUGACCUGAAACACUGUGUUUGUAAGAAACUGCACUAAUGCCUGACUAUUAAACCAGCCAAAGGCGAGGCUACGGCGGGACUCGCAGAAGACUUUUGUUUACUGGGUUAAGUUAUUUUGAGUUGUUGUUGUUGCAUUUUAAAACCAUUUGCAUAAAUACCACAACAGUUCAAUUAUUAUGUUUUCUUUUCUCUAAAAAAGAAAUAGUUUGGUCUUGCUGCAUCUGGCUGUGUUGUUGAAGUCUCUUGAUGCAAAUAUUGCACCUGUUACCUAUUUUUCAGAAAAUUGAGGUAAGCUGUCGUUGGAAUAUUUUUAGCUGUUCACAGAAUGAUAAAAAUAUUAAGAAUGUGCACUGAAAACCAAAUAUUAUCAGUCUAAACUUGAUUUUUGCUACUGAGACAAAGAUAUCAGAGAAGUUUUUGCUAGUUUCUGUGAGAGGACAUUGACAAACAAGACUUAAAAGUUAAAAUUGGCAUGACAGUGUGACAAAAGUCACUAUUUUAAAGUGGUAUAUUGUUAGUGGUGCUGAUUUAAAGUGUUGUAAAUCUGGUGUAUGAGUUUAGCAGCCAAAAAGAUUGCACAUAUUUAUAGAGCCACCACACAAAUAAUUCAUGCAGUUGCCAAACUGAGGGGACUGUUCUGAAUAAUAAACUUCUGUCUGCAAACCAGAGUUUCUGGUUUUAUUUUGUUUUCUCCUUUGUCUUCAUGUUUGCCACCCCUGUCUAUACAGUUGUAUUUCAACAGCUCUUUUAUGGAUGUCUUGUUAACUAUGUGUUUUAAGGCAUAGUUCACCCAAAAAAAAACUUUUUUUUUUUUUGCUUACUCAUCAACAUGUUGUUCCAAACCUGUUGGACUGACUUUUUUUUCUGUGGAACACAAAAGAGUGUUGGUAACCAACAGUUGCCUUUAAAGGAGAAGUUCACUUCAAGAACAAAAAUAUACAGAUAAUUUACUCACCCCCUUGUCAUCCAAAAUGUUCAUGUCUUUCUUUCUUCAGUCAAAACAUUUCAGGAUUUCUGUCCAUAUAGUGGACUUCUAUUGUGCCCGUGAGUUUGAACGUCCAAAAUGCAGUUUAAAAGCAGCUUCAAAGGGCUCUAAACCUCUAAACGAUCCCAGCCGAGGAAGAAGAGUCUUAUCUAGCGAAAUCAAUCAUUUUCUUAAAAAAAUUUACAGUAUACAUACUUUUUAUCCUCAAAUGCUCGUCUUGUCUAGCUCUGCAUGAACUCUAUGUAUUCCGGUUCAAGUUAAGGUAUGUCGAGAAACUCCCAUCUCAUUUUCCCCUCCAACUUCCAAAUCGUCCUGCAUCGCUGCAGAAGUACCAACCCAGUGUUUAAAAGAGUGAACGUGCAAAGAAAAUCAAACGCCCUUUACAAAAAAAGGUAAAACAGCAAUGUAGGAUGAUUUUGAAGAUGGAGUUGAAAAUGAGAUGGGAGUUUUUCUGACCUUCCCUAACUGUCUUGAACCGGAAUAUACAGAGCUAGGAAAGAGCGUUUGAGGACCCUUCUUCCUCGUCUGGGAUCGUUUAGAGACUUUUGAAGCUGCAUUUAAACUGCGUUUUGGAAGUUCAAACUUGGGGACAUCAUUGAAGUUUACUAUAUGGAGAAAAAUCCUGAAAUGUUUUCCUCAAAAAACAAUUUCUUUACGACUGAAGAAAGACAUGAACAUCUUGGAUGACAAGGGGGUGAGUACAUUAUCUGUAUCUGUAAAUGUUUGUUCUGAAAGUAAACUUCUCCUUUAACAAAUUUUAUGGGCAAAGAAAAGUCACAUUUCUCAGAGUAUCUUCUUUUGUGUUCCAAAAAAAAAAAAAAAAAAUGUAUAAAAGUUUUAACGACAUGAGUGUGAGUAAAUGUUAACAUUGUUUGCCCCAAAAUGGAAAUUAUCUGCCUACAGGUUGUUUAUCUCCUUGAGUGAUUUAUGGAAAUGUUCUCAAAACACAUUAAUAGUGUUAUUUUUGUCAAACAUAUGGAGAUAAAAAGUGUUUAAUUAAAUGACUGAAAUAAAAAAGCACUGGGUUUUAGUACUAGGUUGUACAGUUAAUUUUGGUGUUGCUCACCUCUGCUUGGAUAUUUUGAGUGUACUAAAGGUUGCUGUGCCAUGGAUUACAGUGUGUACUUUGGCCCAAUCAUUUCAAGGAUGAAACCGUUGUUUGCAAAACUAAAAUCAAUGCCUCUGUCCAUGGGAUGGUGUAAGAUCUUUCAAGAAUGUUUUGAGUAUAAAUCUCCGAUUGUUAAAGGAUUAGUUCACUUCCAGAAUCAAUUUACUCACCCCCAUGUCAUUCAAGAUGUUCAUGUCUUUCUUUCCUUAAAUCUAAAAAAAAGUAAUUACAUUUUUUUUCUGUCAACUUUAAUGGGGAUCAACUGGUUGAAGGUCCAAAUUGCACUUUCAGUGAAGCUUCAAAAAGCUCUACACGAUCCUAACUAAAAAAAAAUGCAAAUGUAUUUACUUUUUGAUCACAAAUGCUCAUCUUGCACUAGCUCAACUUCACGCAUUACGUAAUCACACACGUGACAUAGGCGAAGUACCGACCCAGUGUUUACAAAGCGAACGUGCAAAGAAAGCAACAAUGUCGAGCAAUUUUGAUGUGUUUUUCGCCCUACCCUACCUUUUUGAACCAGGUACUCAGACGAAGAACUAACCAUGAAUGACUUUUCUAAUGUGAUUACGAGAUGCAUAAAGACUGGCAUACGCAUUGCAGAGUUAGUGCAAGAUGAGCAUUUGUUGUUUAUUACUGAUUAUUUUGCUAGAUAAAACCUUUAUUCCUUGACUGGGAUCGUUUAGAGCACUUUGAAGCUGCUUUGAAACUGUAAUUUGGACCUUCAACCCAUUGGCCACCAUAGAAAUCCACUAUAUGGAGAAAAAUCCUGGAAUGCUUUCCUUACAAACCUAAAUUUCUUUGCGAAUGAAAAAAGAAAGAUAUGAACAUCUUGGAUGACAUGGGGGUGAGUAAAGAAAAGACAGGAAAUUUUCAUUCUGGAAGUGAACUUCUCCUUUAACUUUAGUGUAUCAACAGUGAGGCUAAUUUAUUUUCUUUUAGCAUGUGGUGCACAUGCGAGACUCCUGGUCCUGUGAACGUUCCUAUGUUUUUUAAUGGAAAGGGGGAGGGUUUGUCCAGAAUGAGACCUUUAAACGUGGGC